AUGCGGGCGAGCGGGAGCAGAAAGCCACCGAGUGCGUUGCGCUCCCGCGCGUCGGGCUCUGUAGUGGGCGCCGGGGUCCCGCGCGUGUCGGCGCCCGCCGGGCCCGCUCUCGCCGUGGCCGUGGGCUCAGCCGCCGCCCGGGGCACCCGGCUGCAGGACUCGGGCGAGGAGCGGCGGUGCCCCCGGCAGGUCUCCCGCGUCCCAGGCGCCAUGCGGGGCACGUGCGCGGUGCGGGGAGCGUGACCCGCGCUCAGGCCGGGGCCGCCGAGAAAAAGUGACUGAGACCAUAGGACCUUGACUGCAACUAGAUGGUGGCCACGGAAGUGGGGAACCUAGCUGAGACCAGGUGAACUUUAGCAGGUGUAGGCUGAUCCUGGCAGCACUGGACAUAACUGGAACUGGAACCAGAACCAGGAAUUGAUGUGCGUACACGCGGUGGGUCAGUAUGCUGCUGCACCUGUGUAGUGUGAAGAAUCUAUACCAGAACAGGUUUUUAGGCCUGGCUGCCAUGGCAUCUCCAUCUAGAAACUCCCAGAACCGACGCCGGUGCAAGGAGCCUCUGCGCCACAGCUACAACCCGGGCCAGUUCCACAGCAUGUCCAUCAGAACCGGCCCCCAUGGCACUGUCACCAUCCCCCGCUCCACCAGUGACACCGACCUGGUCACCUCAGACAGUCGCUCUACACUCAUGGUCAGCAGCUCCUACUACUCCAUAGGGCACUCACAGGACUUGGUGAUCCAUUGGGAUAUAAAGGAGGAAGUAGACGCCGGGGACUGGAUCGGCAUGUAUCUCAUUGAUGAGGUUUUGUCAGAAAACUUUCUGGAUUAUAAGAACCGUGGAGUCAAUGGUUCUCAUCGGGGUCAGAUCAUCUGGAAGAUUGAUGCCAGCUCAUACUUUGUAGAACCUGAAACUAAGAUCUGCUUCAAAUACUACCAUGGAGUGAGUGGAGCCCUGCGAGCCACCACCCCCAGUGUCACUGUCAAAAACUCAGCAGCUCCUAUUUUUAAAAACAUUGGCUCUGAAGAGACUGCCCAAGGGCAAGGAAGUCGGAGGCUAAUCAGCUUUUCUCUCUCAGAUUUCCAGGCCAUGGGGUUGAAGAAAGGAAUGUUUUUCAACCCAGACCCUUACUUGAAGAUUUCCAUUCAACCUGGGAAGCAUAGCAUCUUCCCUGCCCUCCCUCACCAUGGACAGGAGAGGAGAUCUAAGAUCAUAGGCAACACUGUGAACCCCAUCUGGCAGGCUGAGCAAUUCAGUUUUGUGUCCUUGCCCACCGAUGUGCUGGAAAUCGAAGUGAAGGACAAGUUUGCCAAGAGCCGCCCCAUCAUCAAGCGCUUCUUGGGAAAGCUAUCGAUGCCCGUUCAGAGACUCCUGGAAAGACAUGCCAUAGGGGAUAGGGUGGUCAGCUACACACUUGGUCGCAGGCUUCCAACAGAUCAUGUGAGUGGACAGCUGCAGUUCCGAUUUGAGAUCACUUCCUCUAUUCAUCCAGAUGAUGAGGAGAUUUCUCAGAGUACAGAGCCUGAAGCAGCAGAAGUUCAGGAUAGUCCCAUGAACCACCUGGUGGCAAACAGCAGUGGAGAGCCUCUGUGCAAUGCACCAGAGCUCUCUGGAAGUCUUCUGCCCGAGGAAGCCAGUGAGGACAGUGUCUUAGACAUGGCAGAGAAUGGGUGUCUGGAGUGUGACAAGCCAGCUGAGGAAGCUUUGGCAGGUACCACUGAGGCAGGAGGUGACAGCAUGGUCUCUGUGGGACCUGUAGGGGAUGGGGAAUUCCUAGCCCCAGGGCAAGAGGACUCUGAUCCUGUCCUGGGUGCUGAAGAACUGGCUGAGAGGCUGGACCUGGGUGGGGAGGAGACCCCAUCAGGGCUGUUGGAGGACAGUGAAGCCCCAGGCAACGUUGGGGAGCUAGAGGCAGACGAAGAGGCCACAGAGAGCAGAGCUGGGGGUCAGGAGGAGGAGAAAGAGCAGGCCGAGGAGGAGGAGGAGGAGGAGGAGGAGGAGGAGGGGGGGGGGUAUGUGUCUGCCUUGGGGCAGGGGGAGGACAGGCUGCAACUGCGGGCCUCAGUGAAGAGGAAAAGCAGGCCAUGCUCCCUGCCUGUGUCCGAGCUGGAGACUGUGAUCGCUUCUGCGUGCGGAGACCCGGAGACACCAAGGACGCACUACAUCCGCAUUCACACCCUGCUGCACAGCCUUCCCUCCGCCCAGGCCAGCGCCGAGGAUGACGGCGCUGAGGAAGAGUCCACCAUCAAGGACACCUCGGAAAAGGCUGGGUUCAGUGAGGUGGACACCGUGGCUGCAGAGCCUCCUCCCAUGGAAGACGAUGGAGAGGAGCCCGAUGGAGCUACUCCAGGUACUGCGCCACCUGGUCACUCCAGCUUGACCAAUGGGCUGACCCAGGAUGGGGACACGCACCCCAGCACGGGAAGUGAGAGCGACUCUAGCCCCAGGCAGGGCGGAGAGCACAGCUGCGAGGGGUGUGACCUGUCCUGCUGCAGCCCCUCGUGCUACAGCUCCUCGUGCUACAGCACAUCCUGCUACAGCAGCUCCUGCUACAGCGCCUCCUGCUACAGCCCCUCCUGCUACAACGGCAGCAGGUUCGCCAGCCACACCCGCUUCUCCUCGGUAGACAGCGCCAAGAUCUCCGAGAGCACCGUCUUCUCCUCGCAAGACGACGACGAGGAGGAGAACAGUGCCUUCGAGUCGGUGCCCGACUCGGUGCAGAGCCCAGACCUGGACCUCCAGGAGUCCACCAAUGGUGCCGGGUCGUGGCAAGAGGAGCUGACCGCCUCCGCCGGAAGCCUGGCAAGAACGGUGGAAGGUCUGGAGUCUCCCGUGGCAGGGCCAAGCAAUCGGAGAGAAGGUGAAUGUCCUAUACUCCAUAAUUCCCAGCCAGUAAGCCAGCUUCCUUCCUUGAGGCCUGAACAUCAUCACUACCCAACAAUCGAUGAGCCUCUUCCACCAAACUGGGAAGCACGCAUCGACAGCCAUGGGCGUGUCUUUUAUGUGGACCAUGUGAACCGCACGACCACCUGGCAGAGGCCCACAGCAGCAGCCACCCCUGACGGCAUGCGGAGGUCAGGGUCCAUCCAGCAAAUGGAGCAACUCAACAGGAGGUAUCAAAAUAUUCAACGAACCAUUGCAACAGAGAGGUCUGAAGAAGAUUCUGGAAUCCAGAGUUGUGAACAAAAUACAACAGGAGGAGGAGGUGGCGGGAGUGACUCAGAAGCGGAAUCUUCUCAGUCAAGCCUAGAUCUGAGAAGAGAAGGCUCACUUUCUCCAGUGAACUCACAAAAAAUUACUUUGCUGCUGCAGUCUCCAGCGGUCAAGUUCAUCACCAACCCUGAGUUCUUUACUGUGUUGCACGCCAACUAUAGUGCCUACCGCGUCUUCACUAGUAGCACCUGCUUAAAACACAUGAUUCUCAAAGUUCGGCGGGAUGCACGCAAUUUUGAACGCUACCAGCACAACCGGGACUUGGUGAAUUUCAUCAACAUGUUUGCUGACACGCGGCUUGAGUUACCCCGGGGCUGGGAGAUCAAAACAGACCAGCAGGGAAAGUCUUUCUUCGUGGACCACAACAGCCGAGCUACCACUUUCAUUGACCCCCGAAUCCCUCUUCAGAAUGGUCGUCUUCCAAAUCAUUUAACACAUCGGCAGCACCUCCAGAGACUCCGAAGCUACAGUGCAGGAGAGGCCUCAGAAGUCUCUAGAAACAGAGGAGCCUCUUUACUGAGCAGGCCAGGACACAGCCUCCUGGCUGCUAUUCGAAGCCAACAUCAACACGAGUCAUUGCCACUGGCAUACAAUGACAAGAUUGUGGCAUUUCUUCGCCAGCCAAACAUCUUUGAAAUGCUGCAGGAGCGUCAGCCAAGCUUGGCAAGAAACCACACACUCAGGGAGAAAAUUCAUUACAUUCGGACAGAGGGUAAUCACGGGCUUGACAAGUUGUCCUGUGAUGCAGAUCUAGUCAUUUUGCUGAGUCUCUUCGAAGAAGAGAUUAUGUCUUAUGUGCCACUACAGGCUGCCUUCCAUCCCGGAUACAACUUCUCUCCCCGCUGUUCUCCCUGUUCCUCACCUCAGAGCUCCCCAGGUUUACAGAGAGCCAGUGCAAGAGCCCCCUCACCCUACCGGAGAGACUUUGAGGCCAAGCUCCGCAAUUUCUACCGGAAAUUAGAAGCCAAAGGAUUUGGUCAGGGUCCAGGGAAAAUUAAGCUCAUCAUCCGUCGGGAUCACUUGUUGGAGGGAACGUUUAAUCAGGUGAUGGCCUAUUCCCGGAAGGAACUCCAGAGAAAUAAGCUCUACAUCACCUUUGUUGGAGAGGAGGGCCUGGACUACAGUGGUCCUUCUCGCGAGUUCUUCUUCCUUUUGUCUCAGGAGCUCUUCAACCCAUACUACGGACUCUUUGAGUAUUCUGCAAAUGAUACUUACACAGUGCAGAUCAGCCCCAUGUCAGCUUUUGUAGAAAACCAUCUUGAAUGGUUCAGAUUUAGCGGUCGGAUCCUAGGUCUGGCUCUGAUCCAUCAGUAUCUUCUUGAUGCUUUCUUCACAAGACCCUUCUACAAGGCCCUCCUGAGACUGCCUUGUGACUUGAGUGACCUGGAGUAUCUGGAUGAAGAAUUCCACCAAAGUUUGCAAUGGAUGAAGGACAACAACAUCACAGAUAUUCUAGACCUCACUUUCACCGUUAAUGAAGAGGUCUUUGGACAGGUGACGGAAAGGGAAUUAAAAUCUGGAGGAGCCAAUACCCAGGUGACAGAGAAGAACAAGAAGGAGUACAUUGAGAGGAUGGUGAAGUGGCGGGUGGAACGUGGAGUGGUGCAACAGACGGAGGCCUUGGUGCGGGGAUUCUAUGAGGUAGUAGACUCAAGGCUUGUGUCCGUGUUCGAUGCCAGAGAGCUGGAGUUGGUGAUAGCUGGCACAGCAGAAAUCGACCUAAAUGAUUGGCGGAAUAAUACCGAGUACCGGGGAGGUUACCAUGAUGGACAUCUCGUUAUCCGCUGGUUCUGGGCUGCAGUGGAACGCUUCAAUAAUGAGCAAAGACUAAGGUUACUUCAGUUCGUCACAGGAACAUCAAGCGUGCCCUAUGAAGGCUUCGCAGCCCUUCGAGGAAGCAACGGACUUCGGCGUUUCUGCAUAGAGAAAUGGGGGAAAAUUACUUCUCUCCCCAGGGCACACACAUGCUUCAAUCGUUUGGAUCUUCCACCUUACCCCUCGUACUCCAUGUUGUAUGAAAAGCUGUUAACAGCAGUAGAAGAAACCAGCACCUUUGGACUUGAAUGAGGAGAUGGAGAGAGUCACCUGAUGUUUUCCUGGCCAGUGACAUCACCCUUUCUGGGAUGAUCCUCCUCCUCCUUUCCCUGAAUCAACUCUCCUUUGAUUUUGGUAUUCCAUGAGUUUUAUUUUCAAACCAAAUCAGGACUGACAAAAGCUGUGCAUGAAGAACUGCCUUCUUCUAAGAUCUAACCUUCAGGCUUAUCUCCUCUAUUUUCAAUAAACUGCUAGCCUGUAUGCAAUAUUUAAAAAACAAAACAAAACAAAACAGCUGUCUCAAGAUCUGUGUAUAUCUCCACAUACCUCCAUUACUAACAAUGAAAUAUGAAUGCAAGUUAUGCUACACUUGACCAAAUGGUAAUAAAUGUUUACGUCCAUUUAUAUAAUUUAAAAAGAAAUUUAAGCAUUAAGCAUUCAAGGCUUUUAUCCACCCAUAUCUUCUGAGCAGAACCACCAUUUUUUAAUAUAUAAUUUCCAACAACCAAGUCCAGAACUACAAGGUGAUCAAGUUUCUUUUCUUCCACUCUACUUUUCCCUAUAUAUACUGUCCAUCCAAAAACAGCAGUAGCAAAACUGAAAGUUUUAUACAUUCAACAUAUGACACAUACAUGGAACUAGCCUAGACAUAUGGUGCAAUAUUAUACUUCCUGACAAAUAACAAAAGCAAGAAAAACAUUACCUGCUGACACAGUGCAGGACAUACCAAUGUUUGUGGGGAUUGUGCUUCAAUUUUAAGUUCAGACAAGUCUAGGAGAGGAGCAGCCCUUAAUGACAGUACACAAGAAGCAGAAAUGUGUACAUAUGUCCAAGAAGGAGAUCUCAUUAUGUAGCUUACAUGGCUUCUAUCCUAACUGUAUAGAAUGUGAUGAAAGAAGCAGGAAAAAAGGAGAAAGAAAGAAAGAAAGAAAGAAAGGAAAAAAAGGACAUAUCAGGCUGCUUUGAAUACCUGAGUUUUGCACCGUGUUGUUUUACCUUUCUCUGUUUUAUUUAACCUAGCUACAGAUCUCCUCAAAAGGGAAAAAUAUGUAGAUAAUCUCACCUUUGUUACAACCAGGUAAAUGUUUGCUUGACAAACAAAUGUUUGUUUUCACUUUAGUGUUUUUUCACUGUUUUGUUUGUUUGUUUUCUACUUUCCUUCUUAAUCAUGGUGUUCAGAUUCCUCCACAUUUCAUUCACAGGGACCACAUUAAAUAAGAAGCUGCAGAGAAUGAUGGUGCUUGUUAGGGGUCAAGGGCAAAAUAAUAAUAAAUCUUCAUUCAUAAUAAUUUCUGGAACAGGGACUUAGCACCCCAAAGGCAAUUUGAUUUGUGUCAAAGUAGAGAUUCAGUUUCUUUUAGCAUUGAGCAUUAUCAGAAAAAUCAGUGUUUUCAGAAAAAAAAAAAAAAGAAAGAAAGAAAGAAAGCUCCAAAAAUAGCCUAACCUCUUGAAUAUUUUGGAAUGUACCCAAGCAUACUGGCCAUUUGCUGUUUUCUCUAGCUUUGUUGUCCAUCUUGUCUGAAUUAUGUCAUAAAUGAAAGUGUUUUUCCUCACGGAGAAAAGAAGAGCUGAAGGGUCCCACUGUUGAAAUGUCAUAUUGCUAUUUUCAAUAUAUUUAAAGCAAAAGAGAAUGCGAGACAUAUAGGACAAAGUUGACUUCAUAUGAUGCAUGUUUUUGUGCUUAUUAUGUCAGUUUGUAUCUGGAUAGUGCAUUCCUUAAUUUUGUUAACCUGCACUCUAGAUGAAAUAUUCUUUUAGUAGGUUUAUUUGCAAUGUCCAGCACCCUUUGUUGUAUAUCUGUUGUCAAUCAGGGAAUACUUCUGUUAUAGAAAGCUAGUCCUGUGUUGUCUGAAAAGAAUAUUGAAAAAAAAGAAUAUGAACUAGAUAGGACUUAAAGGAUCUGUAUAAUACAGUGCAUAUUUCACGAUCUAAAAAGUCAUGGGUUCUAAUGACAUUAUUAUUUAUUUAUGGAAUCAAAAUGUAAGUUUUACACAAAUCACUUUACUCUUUGAACAACAUCUUUAGUAUAAGGAGCAUGUUUUACCCUUUAGAAUUUGGUGUAUAUGUAUGUAAAUACCUAUUAAUUUAAGUAUUCAAUUCCUUUAGUAUUUAUUAAGCAUUGUCAAGGAACAAACCUAUUCAAAAUGAUAGAUCCUACUACAGAGGAACUUUAUAAUUCACACAAAUAUCCAACUAAUCUACUUAUAAGAUUAAAAAUAUCUACUCACCUGUAUAAAGAAGGAAUAAACUAUUCUAAAAGUUAUAUAAAGAUGGAUAACUUGGUCAUAAAUGCUUUUUAAAUGAAUUAUUUUCCUUUUCUCCUUCACCUUGAUACUAGAACUUCAGAGGUAUCCCAUAAACAUUACAGAAACAUGGGUAGUGGUAUAGCAUAGCAUAAUGGUCAUGCAAAGAGACUCUCAUGCCUGAGGCUCUAAAGUCCCAGGUUCAAUCCCCCACAUCAACAUAAACCAGAGCCGAGCAGUACUCUGGUAAACAAAAAGAAAAAAAUUACAAGAACAUGUAAAACUCUAAAUUCUAUAAAGAAACAUUGAUGUCUAAGCCUUAUUUAAUAUGGUCCCAGAUUCCAUUACAAACUUGCUCAGAAUCCUCAAGGGAAAAAAAAGGAGCACAGCAAAUUAUUACGAAGAGAUUAUGGUAUUUCUCUGUAUCCUAAAUGAUUUCUUUUAGUUAUUUUUUCUGAUGUAUGAGACUGACUUUUUAAAUUAUGUGUACUAUUUUCAUUGUGUAUAUAGCGAAACAGUUGUAGUACUAAAUGAAGCUCUUUACUUCCCCACUGAGGGUAUAAGCCUCCUGAAUUCAUAUCAUCCAAGGGGUAAAUCAGAUCUUUGUGAUACUACUUGCAGUGUGAAGUUUUCUCCAUAGAAGCAAUUGUAAAAUUAGUCACUAUGAACCACAAAUCUCCUAAGAUAAACUCCGUUAGAGGAACUUUUAUUAAGAGUCCGUGAUCCUUAAUUGGGAGACAAACAAGAACAAUAAAUAAGAGAAAACUUAUGUUACAUCCGAAACAAAUGCUAUUGAAGUACUAUAAUGACAAUUUCGUGAAUAUCUCAUUUUAGUCUAUUAUGUAAAGAUGAAACCCCUAAAAACAUAUAAACGUAUUCUUCAGGGUCAAGAGAAUCAUUCUAAAUCUAAUGAGAUCCUCGUAACUUCCUAUGUAUAUAAGUUGGCAGUAGCUAUGAAUGUUUUUAACUGCCAUCAUUAUUUUAGCACAAUUUUUUGAAGGAGUGGGAGCAUUAAGAAAAAGAGACAUGUGCUAUUUUGACAAGCUUUAAAUAUGCAAAAUCUAAGGCUUUUUUAAAAAAAAAAAAUAGUCCUACCAUAUCUUCUUGAACAGGAAGUAUGCUUGUGUGACAGAUGAGUAAGCUGGACUUUCCACGACAGUUCUAGUAUUACAUCUAUUACGCUGUUAGUGAUCAUCACCCAAAAUUUGGUUUUGGGUAAUUUUUUAGUUGCUACAAAUGUUUUCCCAGUCAAGAUGAAACAUUUUCAAAUGAAAGUAGAACUUUACACAACAAAUGUGGUGCUUUAUUAUUGUUGUUGUUGUUAUUAUCACGUACUUCAGUGUUCAUUAUUUAAAAAUAAAUUUAAAAAAUGAUUGCAAUACUACACAUCAAAAUCUGGGAUGAUGUUCCAGUCAUUAUGAGGUUCAAAAGAGAAAAUGUUCUUUUCCUGUUAGUGACAUGUACUCUCUUUGUUCUAGUAGGAGGGAAAAAAACGGUGCCUAGAGGUAGUAUAUAGAGUAAAUAUUGUUCCAUUAGCCUACUUCCUGCAGCUUCCAAUUUAUCUAAAGAAAUGUCUAUAACAGUUUUGUUAAAAGUCUUUGUUCUAGUCAUUAGCAAAAGAAGUCCACAUUAUUGGGCUGAUUUUGCUUACAUGGACAAGAGUUAUGUCAUGUGAUACUCAGGCCGAGCUUUCUCUUCCAUCAUAUCACCUUCAAGGAAUGUCAAUAAACUCACUUUGGUAUGGCA